AGCAAAUAUAUGGAAGUGAACCAAAUAGACGAUGCUUUUUUUGUUUUGUUUUGUCUCCAGGCAGCAUCUCUUGAAAUCUGUGCGCAGGAACGAUGACAGACGCAUGCCGCAAUGGAUUCAGAGAAGCUUCGUUACAGGCAGAAUCGCCGUCCAAAGAAGUCACCAUUCCCUCGCCUGACGAGGAAGACCUGUUGGCGCUCGUGGGCCGGUUCUGGCAGAGGAGGAAGCGUCUGGUCGCCGCCGUCGGGCUCGCCCUGGCCAUGGGCCUCAUCCUGCUCAUCGCCAUCCCCAUCCUGCUGCAGGCGCCCUCCGCCACCCGCGCUCACUACGAGAUGAUGGGCACCUGCCGCAUGAUCUGCGACCCCUACAGCGCCAGCAGCGUGGCCGCCGGACCCUCCGGCCGUCCCGGGAGCACCGCCGCUCUGGAGGCCCUGCAGGAGCUGAGCGCCCACCCGCCGUCUCCCCUGCCGCCCUUCUUCCAGGGACCCAAGGGCGAUCCUGGGCGCCCGGGCAAGCCGGGGCCAAGGGGGCCUCCUGGGGAACCGGGCCCUCCGGGUCCGAGGGGUCCCCCUGGAGAGAGGGGGGAUUCGGGGAAGCCGGGACUGCCGGGCCUAUCGAUGUCCCGAAUCGGACCGCCCGGAGCAGCGACUACAGUCGGAGUAGCCGGGUCGGGCGUGAGUGGCAGUAGCAGCCCGCCGCCGGGAGGCGAGAUAACGGGUGCCCUGAGCGCUGUCUUCAGCGGCCCCAGGAUCGCCUUCUACGUGGGCCUGAAGAGCCCCCACGAGGGCUACGAGGUGCUCAAAUUCGACGACGUGGUGACCAACUUGGGGAACCACUACGAGCCCAGCACGGGGAAGUUCACCUGCCAGGUGCGCGGCAUCUACUUCUUCACCUACCACAUCCUCAUGCGCGGCGGGGACGGCACCAGCAUGUGGGCAGACCUCUGCAAGAACGGCCAGGUGCGUGCCAGCGCCAUUGCUCAGGAUGCGGACCAGAAUUAUGACUACGCCAGCAACAGUGUAGUGCUCCACCUGGACUCGGGAGACGAAGUCUACGUCAAACUGGAUGGAGGCAAAGCCCACGGAGGCAACAACAAUAAAUACAGCACUUUCUCUGGCUUUCUUUUGUAUCCUGAUUGACAGCCAGGCAUCCGAGCUAUGAUCCAUUGCCUUGUCCCCGCCAUGCCUUCUCUUGGGGGUCUGCUCUUCAGGUCAUGUCACAUUGCAAGCUGUAUUGUACCUUGAUUGCCAUUUGAAAGAGAGACAGUGACAUCCUUCUAGCCACUGGUGUGUGUUUCUCUGUAUUCUGUUGCUCACUAAAAGAGAUGAGACGAGUCGGUCAGUAAGGAUUCAUAGGGUAAUCAGCACCACGGAUUGGUCCACUUAUGGAACAUAGAUUUAAAACGUGCGCGUAGAAUCCCACGGUGGUGAGAAGGACAGUCUAAAACCCUGGUUGUAAAGCUUAUUUAUAUAUGGUCCUUCGAUCUAGGUAGAGAGUCUGAGAAGCAUCUUUGCCAAUACCCAUUCAGUCAUGAAACUGUAUAACCCCCUUUUAAGUGAGUAGCCUUGCUUCAAAAUCAGUCUGGGAUUCAACAGUAUCUGAUUUUUGCUGAUGGAUUAAAUUAUAAAAAUAGCACCGCACAGAAACCGGAGUGUCUGGGCCAUCAGCCUGUCAAGAAGUUUCAAAUGUAGCUCUCCAAAUUCACAAGAAGCCUGACAUUACUCCUACUGGAAAGAUUUUAGUGAUUAAGCCUCCAGCUUCAUAGCAAAUGCUUUGCUAUCGGGUUAUAAGGCCUUCUCUGAUUAAACAAGUGGCUCAGAAGCGAUUGACCUCUGAACCCCCCCUUUAAUCACUGCGUAUUGCAGUCCUCUGUUUGAAACCAAUCUAGCACAUUACGUACGUUUGAAAGAAUCCAAGGCAAAAAUCACAAUAGGCAAAGUAGAAAAAGUGGGUGAAUCCUUGCACUUUAUUAUUUGUCUUUGUUACUUGGAGAAUAGGAGAGAAUUCCUGUUUCUAGACUGCUUUGUAUAUAGGGAAU